AUGAGCUUCCAGGCAUCUUCCGAGCAGUUUGAGGAGUUGGAGAGCCCUAGCACUAUACUCACAGAGCUUUUAGGCAAUGAAGAUUUGUCCACGUGGGAUCCAAUAGGCUGGCCUCCGGUCGAUCUGCUGAUUGAGACAGAUCACAGCUCAGCCCUUGUUGAUACAGCCCUUCAAGACAUCAACCCCAAUUUGCUCGAUUGUGUUGAGACCAAUCACUUGUUUCAACCUACGCACUGCCUAGAAUACGAUGAGUAUGAAGCCAAUUUCAACCAUGCUGGGGAUAGGGUCCAGAGAUCGGCGAUAGAGACCGAGUCAUCCUGUAGCACUCAACAACAAUUCAUGGUAGAGGUUUCUGCUUCCAAUGAAGACCCAUCCGACAACCCCAACGUCGAUGCGAAUAUAUGGGCAGCUCCCCAUGGGCCUACUCCGAUGGCUUAUCAUGAGCCGGCUGAAUUCUGUCAAGGUACCCUUCAGGAGCAACCAAGCCUGUUGUUCGUUGUUGAUGGUAUUGAACUCCUCCUGCUGUAUUUGGACAGGACUGAACUGACUGUUCUGGAGCAUCGCAACCAGGACGUGUCUUCUGUCUCGAGCAUCAAAAGUGGUAUGAGGCGGGUGAAAAGUUUCGGUAAACGACACGGAAAACGACACCAACGACGAUUCAAAUGCGGCGACGAAAAGUGCCCCAUGACAUUUGCAACAUCCAAGGAGCGGAACGAGCACUCUUUUCGCUAUCACAAAACGUGGUCCAAAGAGAACAACGUACCUGAUCCAAGGCGACGUUGCCAGGUAUGCCGAACAAAAUUGUCAAAGGCGUCCUUCAUCAAGAGACAUUUGAAACGAUCUCCUGGCUGCAAUGCAGUCCUCGGAGGAUUGCCCACCAAGGAUCAGACUCUCAUGCUGUCUGACUCCGAGAAGGAUUGA